GGGGCCCGAGUUUCCCGCUACAAGUGUCUGCAUUGCUGGCUCUUGAGAUUCAUCUUCUCUGCCGCCGUCUUCCGAUAUUAGCAGGAUCGAACGCGACGACGAGCUUUUGCUGUGCUGAUACCUAGACACGGGACACAAUGUUGGCACAAGUCGUCAAGCCGAGGACAGUCAUAAACGAAACAGAAUCUAUGCAGUUGACCAGGAAUUUGAUACGGAUCGCGAUAUCGGAAAUAAGCUACAUCAGAGGCUUGUUUCCCGAGAAGUACUUUGUGGACCGACAUCUACCGGCACUUGAUAUGAAAGUAAAGAAGCUGAUGCCACUCGAUGCGGAGUCACGUCGCCUAAUUGACUGGAUGGAGAAAGGUGUCUACGAUGCAUUGCAAAAUAAAUAUCUGGAGACGCUUUUCUUUAGAUUGUGUGACGGCGAGGAUGGUCCUAUGAUCGAAGAAUAUGUAUUUUCUUUCCAGUAUGAUGUUUGCUCGGAUCGUGUCUCGAUGGAUAUCACGAGGUCAAAAGGACACGGUCGGAAGGGAAAUCUGAUGAACACAAACUCAGCAGACAUAACUCCAGUUCAAAUGAAGGCUGCCGCAUGCAAAAUGAUAAGGACUCUUGUUCAGUUGAUGCGCACACUAAAUAAUGUUCCAGAACAAAGGACUAUAGUCAUGCAGCUAUACUACAAUGCGGACACAACGCCAGCGUCCUACGAGCCCCCCUUCUUCAGAUCCUGCACGUACGAAGACACUAAGCUCUGGGCCAAAAAGCCACUGAGAAUGAAGGCUGGCAGUGUUAAUAGCAAGUACUGUGAGGUUUCUCUUAAGGUGAGGACAGUACUUGAUCCAUGUGAGGAUGAUUCUGAAGAGGAUGACAUGAAAUCUUCUUCAACCGAUGGAAUUGCUGCUCCCUCCACAUUGCAUAAAUCUAUACCUGAAAAUCAUAUGAUCUGUACCACUUCCAGAAACCCCGCAUUAGGUUCUGAGGAGAUUGAUGGUCUCCUCUGCGGACAGAAAACCGUAACAUCUACUGAUGGUAAAGAUAUGGCGCGUGACUCUCAGUCAGAAAUGUCUCUUGUUACGGAUAUCAAAGAAUGGGCCACUAUCCAAAUAAGUAACACAUUUGACGAAAUUGAUGUGUUUGCUUACUUCCCUCAAAUACCAAUGGCACAGCUGGAAGAAAUUUUGAGACGCCUAGUGGAGGAUCAUUUUAUUGAAAAAAUUGGCCAGUGCAAGUACCGACUCACCAAGUCUGAGGAGCAAUACCAGAGCGAUAAGAAUCAUGAUGAUGUCGGGCUACAAAACACUUCUCCUCCUGCGCAUGGUCAAAGUCAACUUUCAUCCACUAUACAUGAUCAUGAUGCCGCCACUGAUACAAACGAUGAUGAGAAUGAAACAUUGUUUGAGAAGGCCCUGAAGGUUGUUCUUCCGAUGAAGCAUGUCACAGUUCGGCAACUGAUCGAUAAGAUGGAGAAUGUGAGUCCCUCAAAGUGUAACCAGCUCCUGCAGAGAAUGGGCAAAGAAGGCUAUAUAGAGGCAACCCCCUCUAGCCGCAGACUUGGGCGCCGGGUCCUCCGUCCAGUACAAAAUGACGAGUAUCAGUUACAGGAGAUAGUGGAAGGAGUGAAAGAGGUCGUGAUUGCGGCAGCCGAUGACAGUUCGGAGGAAAGAUUAAACUCCCAUGAACUGAGAUCAAAGAGAGAAGACUCCGAUUAUGUCAGAAUCAGCAAGAAAAAUUCUGAGAUAAGAAGGAAAGGGAAGAAUGAUGUAGUUAAGAUUGACUCCAACCCUUGUGAACCUGCGUUUGAGAGCGAGACUACACUGAAAUCUGGAGUGAGAAGAAGUUUACAAUUUGCAGACAAUGAAGAUGCCUCUUUUGAUCCUACUGAGAAUUCAGAUGUUGCACUUGUCUCCAAUGUUGAUAAGGAUAAAUGUAGCGACCAUGAAAGGCCAGAUUGCCCAACCACUGCAGUCUUUGCUGACUCGGAAUUUGAAAAUCCGGAAACUGACAAAAAUGAUAAGGAGAAAAGCAGAUCCCAUCAUCGCAUCCGCAAAGCCAGCAAGGUAGAAGAACCGAUUCACCAGUCUCUCAUGUCCUCCACCAAGAGAUUACGGUCAACUAAUUCAUGAACUUCUUUGGAGCUUAUCCAAUUGGUAUCCGCUGGGCCAGACGAUUUAGUUGGUGUGGUUAGACAGGAAAUGAGACAACAGCACAUAAGUGAGUACAGUUAUCUUUAAGGAUAAAUAUCUCACUAUUUUGAGCUGAUUCCAAACUUCCUAAUGCAGAAUGAAAUAACAGUGAAGUCUAUUUAUUUGAUUUUUCCAACUUGUUAUUACGUUGAUAGUCAGCG